GCCCGCGUUAUUUAUACUAAGGGUCGCAAGAUGUGCCUUCGUCCUGUGAUUGUGUUUGUGAUGUCGUGAAUGCUGUUUAUUGGACCAGUAGGAGCGAAUAUCGUUGUUAUCUACACAAAGCCUUGCAACUAACCAGUAUCGCAUCCCUUAUCGGAAAAUCUGUCUCACACAAUCCCACUUCUUCGAAGCAAUCUUUAUUAGAUUAGUUAUUAUCUGAUUAUGAAGUCCUGUCACUAUUUUAUUUGGAUAUCAUUUUUCAUUCUGAUCGAAGUGAUUUGUGAAUCCGAUAAACAACAUAAAUUACUUGUGAUAUCUUUAGAUGGUUUCCGCCAUGAUUAUUUAGAUCAUGCUAAGCUCCGCAAUGUUAAUAUUUCCUCUUUCGAAAGGAUUUGGAGGGCAGGAAUACGUGUUAUGAAAGUGUACAAUGAGUUUAUCACUCGAACAGGACCAAACCACCUAUCACUAGUAACCGGAAUGCAUGAGGAGAGUCACGGUAUUGUUGAUAAUGUUUUUUAUGAUCCUGAGCUCAAUGAUACUUUUGACUUGAGUAACUCAAAGCAUUUAUCACAAUCAAAGUGGUUUGAUGUUGGAUCGGAACCAAUUUGGGUGACAAAUCAACGUCACGGUCAUAAAAGCGCUGUUGCAUUCUGGCCAGGGAGUAAUACAGCAUUCAAAGGGCAAUUACCUAGUUUUUAUUAUCCUUACUAUAAUCAUCAGCUUCCUCUAGUCGAUAGAAUCAAUCAAACCAUUGAAUGGUUAAGUUCAGAUGAAGUAACACUUGGUCUAAUAUAUUUUCAUGAACCAGAUUCACAAGGUCAUUUAACUGGACCCGAAUCGGUAGAAAUGUAUGCCGUUAUCGAAAAAUUAAAUGAUGAUAUUGGAUACUUGCUAUCUUUGGUUGAUAAUAAACCUUCCUUAAAGUCAUCACUCAACAUUAUUUUAACAAGUGAUCAUGGCAUGUCUGCGGUGGAUACUAACAGAACAAUUAUUCUUCAUGAUUAUAUCAACGAGAGCAUGUAUCAUAGUCCAGGAUCGGAAGAUCGUAUUUUUUGGUUGUUAUGGCCAAAAGAUGGGAUCUCGUCUAUUUAUUUGUACAAAAGGCUGGUCGGAAAACAUCCGAAAAUGAAUGUUUUCUUAAAAGAUAGUGUACCUGUUCGCUUACAUUACUCGAAUAAUCGACGGAUCAGCCCAGUAGUUGUGUAUUCGGAGCCCGGAUGGACAAUCAUUAGAUCACUAGAAUCAGUUGCAAAAUUUGUGAGUAUUAUUUUAUUAUGUUGUACUACAAUAUCCAUUGUCUAUAUCAUAUGUACAUGUCUUACAUCCACUCAUUAUCCUUAUUUAUUUCCCAAUAAUAAUAAUGGUAAUGACAAUAAACGAAAUUAUCCUAUUCAUCAACCAAAUCUAUUCUUACUUCAACGACGUUUUCGUAAUCGAUGUCAACAAUCUACUGUUGUGCCAUCGAACAAUUCGAUUGCUUUGCAAAAUAUAAAAAAAAUUAAAACAAAUCAUCAUAAAAAUUCAAGCAAAUCAUCUGCACUACAACAAACAUCAGAUGAUAGACAAAGAUUACUUGAUCAAACUAUGAAUAAUAUUGGUUGUGAUACAACAGUUCGUCAUAACACUGAUUACGAUCAUGAUGAUGAUGAACAUGAAGAAUUUAAUCGAUUCUCUGUUCAACAUAUAGAUGAUGAGACAUUUUUAAAUUUACUUCGUCAACCGAAUAAUAGAUAUCCGUGA